AUGUCGAGCCUGCUUUUCCCCUCGCCUUUGACAUUCGCGCUCGGCUUCAACUGGAUCUUCCUUAUUGAGAUCUUGGUCAGCGGAAUACUGGCUCUCUUCUUUCUGUUCUAUCUGAAUCGGCUUGUCGGAACCGUGAUAUCGUAUGCCAUACGUGCAUAUACAUGGCACAAGUUCCGAGCGCAUAUCGAGAUAUCGGCCCUGCAACUCAGCCUACUUGGGGGUCGAAUAUUUUUCAAGGGUGUCCGGUAUCAUGCCCAAAACAUUACUCUCCAUGUUCAGAGUGGACACAUCACCUGGCGUUACUGGCUGCGACUUGUCCAAGAGGCAGAGGUCUUUGACGACGGCCAUCGCAGCCGUGAGCAUGGCCCUGCAGGUCCGGAUGGAAUGAAAAAUCCACUCAGUGGCAAGGAAAUUGCGCGGUUGAGAUUGCCAUGCCGCAUGUCUGUGAAACUUGCUGGAGUCGAGGCAUUCAUAUACAAUCAAAGUCCAAAGUACGAUGCCAUUAUCAAGGCCAUGGGACAUGACACAAAUCGCGGGGCGCAGCCUGACACUCCAGAUGAAGGAAGUCUGCCCUCUGCUUCUUUGCGAUCUAGCACGGCUGCGAAUACAAGAGAGGAUAUCGACGAGAAUGACGCGUUCCCAAGACGUGUUGAGACGAACGAAACGAAGUCCACAGAGCAUGGUCUCACCAAACUCACACUCCCUUCUUUCCUCAGAUCAUUUCCUAUCAAAAUCGAGUGCAAAAGAGCAGCUGCCACUAUCGGCAACGAGAAUACCACUAAUGUGAUCAUUGCCGCAGUGGAAAGAUCAGCUGGCACGAUCGAUGCUGCUCGCGCGGGUCCGCUCGACCUUUAUAGACUGUUAUUUAACUUCGAUCUCAAUACUGUUACCGUCGCAUUGAAGCCAAAUCGCGACUUUAAAGGGCUGCAGCGAGAUGCUGCAAAGCAGGCGUGGGAUCGCAAUUCAUCCGAGUCUCUGACUGCUACAGAUCAACCCCGUCCUUUUCUGCUAGUGUUGGCUAAAGUCUGGAAAAGACUAAAAGCAUUACUAUCUGGCCAAUUUAGCAGCGACACGAGUUCUGUCAGGGCCACUUCGCCAAAAGCCAUCAGCAAAGAUGAAGAAAAGUCGAAUUCCGAUGCCGUUCCACCCGCAAGUCAGUGGCACGGACUACAUCGAUAUGCUGACGAGGGACCAUUGCUCGGAGACGACCGAUGGCGACAUACAGAAUAUGGCAAGGCCUCACAACUGGUGGACAUUCCGAAGAUUGCUUUGCGAUUCUUUUGGGACGUCCCUGGUUUCGUCUCCGAAGAAGUCAUGACCGCCAGUUUUAUCACAGCACUAGCUGAUGCAACAGACAUCAAUGGCGCGAAAUCGCCAGAUUACGGUGUCGAACUUGGAGUGUAUGGGGGUGAGAUCGUGUAUGGGCCUUGGGCCGAUCGGCAGCGAAACAAUCUACAAAACGUCUUCUUUCCUGCUGCUUCAGUUGACAGCAAGGCCGCCAAACCGCUAAAAGCUGGAGACCUUCGUCUGGCCACAUCCUUCAAGAUUGUGAUCAUUGUGCAUGAAGAUGUCACGCUGAGGAUUCCCCUACGUGAAGAAUCGAAAGACUCUGACUGGACAAGCCAUUCUCCCACAAUAUCGUCACAAAAUGACACAGAUGCCAUGACUGCUGCUGCACCGGGCAACAGACAGAAACACAGCAAGCGUCACCCCACCAAAGAAAAUACUACAGUGACUGAUGCUCGGCCAUAUGCGUGGCUUGACGUGUCUGUCAAGCAAAAUUCAGUGGUGAAAUACGGCAUGGAUAUGUAUGCCAGCCCAAGCGGAUUCGCUAACAAACUCGACGUUGACGUAAAGGGAAUCGAGAUGUUCUCCAGCGUCAACCACGGCCUUCUUUGGCGAUCAGGAUCUUUGACUUUAAGCGCCGACUUAUCUUAUCCUCUCUCAUGGAACAGUGUGCGUGAUUGGCCUUUCAGUAUCACAUGUGAUGAUCUGGAGCUUUUCAUACUCAGGGAUCAUUUGUUCCUUCUUAUCGAUAUGGUCACCGACUGGGCUUCAGGAGACCCGCCUGACUUUUAUACGUUCGUGCCAUUCAUCUACGCCUUAGACAUUACUCUGAGAAAUUUCUGCAUAUAUCUCAAUGUAAACGACGCAAAUAUCAUCAACGAUCCGGCAAAUCUCGAGAAAAACGAUUAUCUUACUCUUGAAGGCCUUUUGCAAGCGAGGCUGGAGAUUCCAAUCAACCAAUAUCGCCCAAGAAGAAACGGAAUAUCAUUUGAUGUGCUGGCACAACAAUUGCGAAUGCGACUUUCAAGCUCCACCAGAAGCACUUUGCACACGUUUAUUGACGAUGAUCAGAUUGCUACCCUGCCGAAAUUGACGCUGAAGGGGUCUUUUGACUCGAAUCAGGAUACUUCAUCUACGCUCACAGACGUGCUGCGCCUGGAUCUCGUUGGUACUGGACUUUCACUCAUGACCCACGGCUUUGUUGUCCGACGAUUUCUCAACCUUCAGGAAAAUUAUUUCGGGGAUUAUCUACAUUUCAAAACUUUGGAAGAGUUUCAGGAUGCCGGAGAAGACUUCGAGCCCGCAAUCGCAAACGUGGAGACCCCACAGAAGCCAAAAGCUGCAAACGAGCUGGACGUCAUCUUGGCCAUUGUUGCCGAGGAUGUAAUUCUCAUGGUUCCGACCAAUUUGUACAGUGGACGGAGCUGUGUACGCGCUGAAUUACCUCUUGCUGACCUCGAUCUUCGUAUCACGAGCUACUAUUUAGAUAUGGGUCUCAAUCUUUCGCCACUCAGCAUUCUCAGCGGGCCUUCUGGUGAUCUUGAUGAUGACGACUCCACGGCGAAGUCAGAAUCUGCCGCACAGAUUUACCUAGCUGGUCUUGAUCUCCGAGGCCACCGCGCUUUUGGCUUGCCACCCAAAGAGCCAACGUAUAUCAGCGAAUGGGAUGUCCAUGUUGGAGAGCUUACCGGCGAGCUUUCGGACUCAUUCUUCCGUGAUCUGACGACUGCUGGCAGAGUCUUUGCCUUCUCCUUCGAGGACGGCGAAAACGUCCUGCCGAUACCAACACAAGCGACUGUCGAUGACGUGACAUUUGUGCGUGCUCGGACGGAUGUCGUCCGUCUGUGGCUACAUUCUGAGAGGGACGCGAUCCUUCUGGAGAUGGAUCCUGUACAAGUGGAGACGUCUGAUUGGGCAAGUGGAAUGUUUUCACAAAAGAUAGCCGUGCAGGCACCUCGCGUUGUAGUUGCAUGCAUAGAUGCCGAGAAGGUGUCACGAACACGCGGACGAGAAAUUCGCAAAUCGAAAGUACAGACCUAUGCUUUUGUAGAGACUGGCAUCGAGUUGAAGGUGGCAAACCGCAAAUCUCAUUUCGACAUAGCCAGGAAAUGUCAACAAUCCCAUUUACGCAGCAGCGACCGGCGAACCAACAGAGGAUCAUUCCUGUUGCGUCCUGACAAUGACUGGUCUACAAUCGACCGCGACGAGGAUUUUGUUGACCCUCCAGCAAUGCCGUUUCCCGAGAUACCGGCUCCGGUCAACUCGGCUCACGUAGUUCGACCCGUCUCCAUCAAUUCUCAGCGACGGUUGCUUGGUCAUCGCGGGUCGAUGUCAUCACAGGCAUCCUCUACAUCUCUGACCGCAUCUCUACUCUCGACUAGUCGCAACUCAAUGCAGGACUUUGAUGACGCGGCGGCUCUACAAGUAUCGAAGCUUGAGACCGCACACGAUCAAAGCCACAGCAUUACUCCUUCCAAGAGUUUGCAUGCUGUUAAAGAACACGAAUCAAUUCCAGGCGUCAAGAAUCGAACACUCAAACAUCCAGCAGCCCCUAAUAUGGCGUUCUCGAGUCCGUAUGCCCGGCCAUACUUCCCGCUCGAAGCGGUACAUCCAGAUGAGUCCGAUGUUCCAAUGUACUCGCCCAUGGCUGAUCAAUGCAGCAUAGCGAGAGAGGAAUCAAAUCUUGGUGCCGACUUUGCGUCACCCCCUGAUCAGGAAUAUGAGCAGACAACAAUUUUCAUCGAUGUUAAGCCCGGCAUUAGAGGGCUCGUGAAACCUCAGCUCACCCAGAGUAUAUUGCACUUGAUACACAUCAUGCUUCCAUCGAAUCCACAAGACGGAUUAGAUUGCUUGCAAAUGAACGUCAUGGAAUCCAUCAAAAGUCAGAAGGCGAGCUUGCGCAGCAAAUGCGAGGUCUUUGAAAUACAAUCUUGCUUGCCCACAGCCAAUCUACGUGUCAUCAAUGAUGAUCAAAAUGCUGACGCCAGAGAUCAGAUUGAUCUGACGCUCACAUCAUUUACUAGUCUCACCCGGAUACGCAAGACACCAUCUGAAAGCGGCGUCAAACAAACCAUAGCACUACAUAACAGGGUGGCAAAAGUUGGAAUUGCGCUCAUCGAUCGUGGGUUGGGUGUUGCCAGCUCCACUGCCCCCGCCAUUCAGAUUGAUAUCAGAGAUAGCCUUAUGAGGUGUGCACUUGCUCAUUCGAAUGUGGUACAUGCCUCGCUGCAAGCUUUGGACUUAGUGGUCUCGGGAACGCAGGCACCAUAUCUCAUGUCUCUCACCCUCAGACUGGCCCGAUUGGUCAAUGACAUGGUAAUAAAUUUCCAAAAGGUUGGAUCAGGCGAUGCAUUGAGGUUACAAUCAUUUAUUUCAGGCCUGGUUCGCCAUGGGGACCUCACUGGCGAUCCUCCCUUCAUGACGCGGAUGAUGUAUGUCCUGCGAGCCUAUCCGCAGCAUUUUCGCAACGAAGAUUCGUGGAAGAUACUGUCUCGUCUGCGCUAUAUCAUGCAAAAUCUGCCUGCGAGCGCACAGGAAGAGCUCGAGGGAGCUUUUGCAGACCCAGCGAACACGCCAAAUGCGAACCCAUCGUCCACGGAUCUAAGCAGCUGGGCAUUGUCACCGAUUUGGGAUAUACCCUAUGUCAAUCAAACAGUGAUAUUUCAGGUCGUGUCAGGCUCCAAGGCGACAGAAGGUAGCAGCGUUCCGGAUCUCAAGCCUUCGAUAUCUACACUCCGCGUAGGCUCUGUGCGCGCUGCUGUUGAAACGGAAGUGGAGACUAGUGAUGUUAUCUUUGAUGAUAUGGCCCUGGACGUCGUUACCGCACCCCCGCAGCUUCCGCAAGGUCUUAUGCUCAUAGAGGAUAACAAAAGAAGCAAGGUUAUACUGCGGUUGAGUGUCAACUCGAUCGCUGCUUACAUCGACUGGAGUUUGAUUUCCGUGGCCGAAACUGUCUUGGGCCGACGGACUGACCUCGAGGAGCUCACACGAAUCUAUGCAAAUGAGACUGACGCGACUAUUCAGAGCAGAGAGAUCGGUCUCAUUCGCCAGGACUUUCAGAUCGUUCUCGCCACGGAAAGCGCUAGUAUUGCAAUUGUCAGCUUGAAUUUACGCCACGUCUCGCGAGCAGAUGAGUUGAAGAUGUCAUUGAUCGGCACCAUAAAAGGAAAUGAGAGCUUCAGCGAAAGCUACAAUGCCACUGUUAUCUGCAAUGCUCUCGUCACUGAGCUCUACAAUACUUCGCAAUGCAUCUGGACCACACUUCUCGAUGCGCCGAGCAUAUACAUUGAUCAUAUUCUACCCAUACACAAGACCAGUUCAUCGGACAUUAACGUGGCUGUAGCCUAUAAAGAGGUGUCUUUGAUUAUCCUAGAGCAAGUCCCAGGAAUUCUUCACCUGAUGGAAUCCGUUAUCAUCGACGAGGCAACGCAGAUACGAGAUCUGAUCAAAGCGCACUUCGGCGAUCGAGAGGCAACAGAAAAUGCGAAUGAAGACACCUUGGGCGACAUGCGUGGUGAAAUUGGAUGGCAUCGUGCCCCAAAGGUCAACAUAGCUGUACUUGCAGGCACUUUGUGCAUCGAAGUGUCCCUUCUACAGUCGCUGAAGUACAGACUAGAGGGUAAGGCAACCAGCAUUCGGAUGGCAUCAAGUUCGACCCAGCGCGGCGCGUUCAGCGUUGAUUAUGACAUCGGCAGUCAGAGCCAUGUCUUUAUCAAUACUUCAGGCAAACAAUCGCACAUGUCUAAAAUUCUAGACAUACCCCCGAUCAAUGGCAAUAUUGGACUCGAUAUCAGGCCACAAGUGACGAGGAUCACUGCUGCCACGAGCAUUGAAAGAAUUGAAGUGAGUGCUGGGUCCUUGCUCGAAGUAGCAGGUAUAUUAGCUCAACCGGAGGUGCAAAACGUUAUAUCAACCAUCAAAGCUGGUGUAUCUGACGUUCGCGGACAAUUUGCCACCCUGGAGCUGGUGGGAACAACCAAUGUCUCAACGGAAAAACCAGGUGCUAAUCGAAUUCUGUUUGAUGUACGUUUGGCGGUGGCAGGCAUAAGAUUCUCCGCUCUCGUAUCGCAAGUAAGGGAUGCUUCGUUCAUUGCGGCAGAGUUUGGCACAGGAUCAGUACACGCCAUAGUCUCGAACCAGGGUCAGUCUGCAUCACAAGUCCUGUCUGUACCAAGUAUAAGCGCAAAGCUCCAGGACAUUGGUGCAAGCCUCGAGACACGAGACGAUCACAGCACACAGCCAUGCGGUAGCAUGCUCAUGAAGCUAUGGCUAGAUUUUGAUGGAGAGUUCUCGCGACAAUUGCUCGUUCGAAGCAGCCAGCUGACACUUGACAUGUACCCAGCGACCGCGGCAACAAUUAUCGAUGUCAUAAAUCACUUACAAGACAGAAUUCGACAUCUUGACCUUUCAAGCGAAGUGGAGUACUUGCGCCGCCUCAGGGACGAGAGGAGACACACGGUGGUGCAGAGACUCAGUAGGAAGUCAGAGCCGAAGGUCGGGGACGUGCCUUUUUUGACAGAAGAAUUUCUUUCCAUCAAGAUUCAUGUUGAACUUUUGGACAUGCGGGCACGGUGGGUCAUCAAUCAAACGUUCGUGCCGAGACCCAAUGAUCAGCCUGAAGACCUCUUUUUCUCUAUCAAGAAACUUGAUCUGGCCAUCAGUGGAGUGGAUGAAGCUAGACUCCGCCUGGACAAUGUCGUGCUACAACUUGUUCGACAAGACACGGAUGACAAUGGCUCUCGUGCCACAAACUCUGCGAUCCUACCCGAGGUCGAGUUCAGUGUAAUGUAUCGAUCGCACGACAAGAAACGAAGAUUCGCAUUCAAGGCCUCGGGAAAGCCGCUUGACGUGCGGUUGGAGUCGAGGUUCCUCUUGCCCGUCGCUGCCGUGCAGCGAUCGAUCGAUUCGGCAGUGCAACAAUUCAAAAUUGGAACGAGGACGUGGCAGAGCACACCGACUGUGAGCGGAGCUCCUAGAUCAACGAUGUUCGACACUAAGCGACUUGAAUCUCUUAUUAUCGAAGCCGAGUUUGCAGGCGCUAUAUUUCAUUUGCAGGGAGCAAACGCCUACAACCAGACGGAUGCCCCCGAAAGCACAUCCGUCCAUAAGCAACCAAGUGCCAGUGUGAAUCAUGGGAGGUUCGGCCAAUACGCAACUGACGGCGCUCGAUUGAAGACGAGUUUGACGAGUCCAGGGAUUGCAUUCAAACUGGAAUUCCGAGCCGAUGGACCGACGCCGAGCUUUCAUGCUGAGAUUCGUGUCGAAGCGUCUUCGAACUUGCUGCUACCGGAUGUGGUGCCCCUGAUCCUCGAGGUCAGUGACGGCGUCAAAGAGCUCGUUCAAGGCCGUGACUUUGUCGAUAAUAUUUCAGAACAAGAAGGCAGUCAAAUCAUGAGCAAGUCGACGCUGACCCAGAGCUUCUUCGAAGAAGAUUCGAUCAUCAUUGCCAACCCUGCAAAGAUUUUCGGCCGCACAAGAGUUGAUGUUGGUAUACGUGUCUGCAGACAAGAGUUCGGGUUGAGCUGUCAGCCUGUUGCUCGGGUCGAUGCAAAGGCAUCACUCGAAGACUUCUACUUUGUGGUCAACACGAUUGAUUCAGACGAGCACGGUCACUUCUUUGCCACAUCUGCAAUCAUGACAAAGCUCACCGCCCAAGUCAAACAUAUGUAUUCGCGAGAACCAACUUUUAUCUAUGACAUGGAGUCUGUCGAGCUCUCUGCGAUGAACGAUAAGCACUUGAGCGGCACACCCGGAAUUUCCGCAAUUCUCAACAUUAACCCGACCCGUCUUUUCGUCAAUGGGAAGCAAUUGCAAGAUCUAUUGCUCUUCCGGGAGAUCUGGCUACCGGCUGAGAUCCGUGAUACCAUGGCGGCAUCAAAUUCCGAGCCACCCAAUGAAUCGAAAGCCGACGAAUACUUUGCGCAGAGGUAUCAGAGUGCGGCAGCGGCAGCCGCCUUUCCGUGGAAUGCCACGAUCUGCAUUAAACGUCUCGCGGUCGACUUGGAUCUUGGCCAAAGUAUCGGUAAGCCGUCAUUCGUCGUCAAGAACCUUUGGGCAUCACAGCAAAAGUCGUCAAAUUGGGAGCAAAGCUUGUCCAUCGGAUUGGACGAUGUGACUAUGAGCGGUUCAGGGCGUAUGAGCGGCUUCGUGUCUUUGGAAGGCCUGGGCGUUCGUACAUCAAUUCGGUGGCCAGAGGACACAAAUGAAAACGAAGGCCACACGACACCUUUGAUUCAGGCCUCGUUUGGCUUCAAACGAUUGCGCGCCAAAGCUGCUUUCGACUAUCAAGCAUUUGCCUUCGGAGACAUCGAAGGGUUCGACUUCCUUAUGUACAAUGUGCGAGAGCUGAAAGAGGGCAGACAAGACAGACUCGUUGCCGUUCUCGACUGUGCAAAGGCAUAUGUAUUUUGCACUGCUACCAGCCCAGCACAGGCGGUUGGUGUAUAUCAGGCGUUUGAUCGUCUUAUACAUGAAAAACAAGCAGCAUUCGAACAGUCGCUCCGGGACAUCACAAAACACGCGUCUAAUGAGGCAAAUAUGGAGAGGCCGGGGCCGAACGCAGCCCCCAAUGUCGUUAUGCAGCAAGAGAUAUUAAUGGGCAAAAAGCAGCGAAAGAAGAGCGCAAUCAUGCUUCACACGGACGUAGUUGUCACGGUUGGUGCCAUAAGCUUCGGCGUGUACCCGAGCACCUUUCUUGACAGUCAGAUGCUCAAGAUGGAAGCAAACGAUAUACAAGCACGUUUCGCAGCUGGCCUGGAGCGUGGUAGAGUCACCAGUGGACUGGGUAUGACUCUCGGACAAUUGCAAGUUGGCCUAGCCGCAACUCGAAAGAUUAGCGCAACUUCGAGACCGCUCGAAUUGUCAGUCGAAGAAGUCAUCACCAAUGCCAUCAAUGCGAAAGGCGGCACAAUCCUUCGAGUGCCGAAAGUCACCGCGUCGAUGCAAACAUGGCAGACCCCGGAAUCGAACAAUGUCGACUAUAUCUUCCGCAGUCUAUUCGAAGGCAAAAUUGACGUGGGGUGGAACCUCGCCCGCGUGAAUUUCAUCAAGGGGAUGUGGACGACACACACUCGUGCGCUGGGCUCGCGUUUGGGGAAGCUGCUACCCGAAUCUGCCGUCAAGAUCACGGCAGGCCUACAGGAAGGGGAUGCGGUGCCUGGCGUAGAGAAGAAUGACACCGAAAAGCGAGCACAGGAGAAAAUCACGGCCGAAAUCAAAUUGCCCCAGUCACGAUACAACUACAAUGCGUUGGCGCCACCCGUCAUUGAGACACCGCAGUUACGGGAUAUGGGCGAAGCGACACCGCCUCUGGAAUGGAUCGGCCUCCAACGGGAUCGCUUACCCCACGUGACUCAUCAAAUCAUCAUAGUCAGCCUUUUAGAAGUGUGCAAAGAGGUUGAGGAUGCGUAUGAGAGCAUUUUGGGAACCUCAUGA